GCCGCGCCUCAAGUCCACCGCCAGGGUGUGAUACUCGCGCUGAAACACCCCACGCGGCGGGGCUAGCGGUAUACCGUGGAACAGGCUCCACAUGAAAGCAAGGUGGAGGCUCGGCCGCACAGAGAACCGACAUGACGCCUCCGAGUCGCCGGCGCCGGGUCCGCUUCCGAUGCCAACAUUGUAGAACAUGUAUCAUGUCCAGCGACUGCAUUUGAUUGCGGGAGAGUGGAGGGAAAUAUAACUGCAGUAAGCCCAGCCUUUAUCUCCCUGUACUCCCCAUCGUCCUCUACACCCAUGUCUGUCCAGCUGUCACGGUUUUCGUCAUGCUACCCGUCAAUUCCAGUUAGCAGGGAAUCCUAUUACUCGUUUGUCUUCGCACGCGAUAUUUUCAGCGACAACCAUCCGUUCACCAUCAAUGGCCAAACCGGCGCGAUCAUCACCCGCAGGCAGCUCAGAGAGAGCUCUCUUCGGCUAGCGCAUGGCCUGCGUAACGCCGGCAAUGUCGGUCUGCAUCCGUUGGCGAAGGGGUCGACGGCGAUGUUAUUAAGCCCUACCACGGACCUGUACAUGGUCGUGCAAUUUGCUAUGGCUGCAGCGGGCAUAGCAUGUGUCCUUGCAGAUCCUGCUUUCUCGAAACAUGAGCUCGCACACGCGAUUACCGUCAGCGACACAGAACAUAUUCUGGCGCAUCCGUCGGCGAUGCCGCUCGCGCUCGAGACGUUGCGGUCCCUGGGGUACUCAGAGGACGAGAUCAAGCGACGUGUCAUCAUCGUAGCUCCAAACAGCGAGGUGCCGUCCGAGUAUAGAACCGGCUCGUGGAUCAAUUUGGACAGACUCGAUUGCACACCGGUGCCCUGCAUUCCAGAACGCUUCGACGACGAUGCGUCAGAGGCAACUACGCUCAUCUAUUUCAGCUCAGGCACCACGGGCCUAAGCAAGGGCGUCGAGCUCUCGCACAGGAAUGUUGUCGCAAGCAUCACCCAACUGGUCUCUGUCGAUCUGUACAACGCGACAAACCGCGACGUAACGAUCACCGGCAUCCCGCUCUUCCACGUCCUGGGUGGCCUAUAUCUCGUCAUGUUCUCGCUAUUCAAGGGAGUUCCGGUCGUACUCCUCCCGCGCUUUGUGCCUGAUGAGUAUUUGGCCUGCAUUGAGAAGUAUAGGGUGUCGACCAUUAUCACUGCACCGCCCGUGCUCCUCCUUUUGACGAACCACCCGCUUGUGGACAAGUAUGACCUUUCCUCGCUCCGCAGGCUCGGCAUUGGCGCUGCGCCUGUGUCCGCAGAGAUGAUGCUUGCAUGUAAGGCGCGCUUCGCGCGGCGCGGCUGGCACCUCGAGGUCGGUCAGGGGUACGGCAUGACGGAGCUCAGUGGUGUGGCCACGCAUAUUCCUCUCGAAGAGAUAGAGGGGCGCCCAACGAGCAUUGGGAUCAUCUUCCCAAACUGUGAAAUGCGUAUUGUCGACGAGGAGUCAAAGGACGUGCCCGUCGGUACGCCCGGCGAGCUCUGGAUAAGGAGCCCCGCAGUCAUGAAGGGAUACGCAAAGAACCCGAACGCGACGGCGGAGACAAUCACGCCGGAUGGAUGGCUCAGAACAGGGGAUGUUGCAAUAGCCGACAAGGACGGCUUCCUAUCAAUCACGGACCGCAUUAAAGAACUCAUCAAGUAUAAGGGUUUCCAAGUCGCGCCCGCAGAACUCGAAGGCAUCCUCAAUUCGCACCCAGAUGUGAGCGAUUGCGCAGUGAUCGGCGUGCACUCGAAAGAGGAGGCUACUGAGCUGCCCAAAGCAUACAUCGUCCCUCGAGAUGCCAAGCAUCUUUCGUCCCCCGACAGAGAAAGCUUUAUUUGGGGCAUGCACGCAUGGCUCUCGACGCGCGUUGCAGCGUACAAACGCCUACGUGGAGGUAUCGCACUGAUCAAUGAGAUACCGAAAAGCGCGUCAGGCAAGAUCUUAAGGCGCGUGUUGCGCAAAACGGAAGAGAUGCGCCAGCCGGUUGUUGCAAUGCUGUAAUAUAUGGCGUUUUCAUUCGUCUUUACAACACGCUACGCGAUCUUGGAGGAGCGGACGUGUGCCAUAUGUGUGCAUGUUACGAUGGGAGGGUUUGCGGCGGGUGUGGGACUCGCCACAUGUACACUUGAAUUUCUCAACGGCUCGUCCGUGACACCCAGAUCAGACAACACACCAGAAAAUCUUCAUAGAGACAUGAGGGAUACCGUCAACUCAACGUGAUAUUAAAUCAUACCAGUAUCCUUGUACUACGGACAGUGCCCUCAACCGAGCAGGCAGCUUCAGAUGCUUCUGCGGUGAUCAAUUGGAACUAG